GAGGAGGGGUAGAAGCACAUGAAAAACUGCGUAACCCUCUGCUGGUUGAAAUAGACGGGGCAGAAAGAUUGCCUUUCUGGGUCGUAGGCGCUUUGCUGGAGCUUUGCUGCACUUUUAUGCGAAACGACAGCGGAUUUAGAAGACCUGCUGAGGUUUUCCGGGGUUCCUCUCCAGAAGUUCCUGUUCUUAGAUGGUAACAGAGAGCUUGAGAUAAGAGAGUGAAAAUGGCAGUGUGGAUCCAGGCCCAGCAGCUGCAGGGAGAUGCUCUACACCAGAUGCAGUCUCUCUACGGGCAACACUUCCCCAUAGAGGUGCGACACUACCUGUCCCAGUGGAUAGAGGGACAACUCUGGGAUGCGAUAGAUUUAGAGAACCCUCAGGAGGAGAUUAAAGCCAAGCGUUUAUUGGACAGCCUGAUCCAGGAACUACAGAAGAAAGCAGAGCAUCAAGUGGGAGAGGACGGCUUCUUACUCAAGAUCAAAUUAGGACAUUAUGCUUCACAGCUAAAGAGCACGUAUGACCGCUGUCCCCUGGAGCUGGUGAGGUGCAUCAAACACAUCCUGUACACAGAGCAAAGACUCGUCAGAGAGGCCACUAAUUCGAGCUCUCCGGUGGGCGGCCUGAUGGACAGCAUGUCGCAGAAGUACCAUCAGAUAAACCAGGCAUUCGAGGAGCUCAGAGUAUUGACCCAGGACACAGAGAAUGAUCUCCGAAAACUACAGCACAACCAGGAGUACUUCAUUAUACAGUACCAGGAGAGCCUCAGAAUACAGGCUCAGUUAUCAAGUCUGGCCACGCUGCCUCCAGCUGACCGACAGCUCCGAGAGCCCAGCCUGCUCAGCAAGAGAGCCACAGUAGAGGCCUGGCUGACCCGAGAGGCCAACACCCUGCAGAAAUACAGACUGGGCUUGGCAGAGAAGCACCAGAAGACACUGGCAUUGCUAAGGAAACAGCAGACGGUGAUUCUUGACGACGAGCUGAUUCAGUGGAAGAGACGUCAACAACUGGCUGGCAACGGUGGGCCGCCCGAGGGAGGACUGGACAUACUACAGUCAUGGUGUGAGAAGCUAGCGGAAACCAUUUGGCAGAAUCGUCAGCAGAUCCGGAGGGCGGAGCAUCUGAGACAGCAGCUGCCCAUUCCCGGCCCCAUCGAAGAGAUGCUGACCGAACUCAACAGCACCAUCACGGACAUCAUCUCCACUUUAGUCACUAGUACCUUCAUCAUUGAAAAGCAGCCACCUCAGGUGCUGAAAACACAAACAAAAUUUGCAGCGACAGUGCGUUUGCUGGUAGGUGGCAAACUGAACGUGCACAUGAACCCGCCGCAGGUCAAAGCCACCAUCAUCAGUGAGCAACAGGCCAAGGCCCUGCUCAAGAAUGAAAACACCAGAAAUGACAUCAGUGGUGAGAUCUUGAAUAACAACUGUGUGAUGGAGUAUCACCAGACCACAGGCACUCUAAGUGCACACUUUAGAAACAUGUCUCUGAAGCGGAUCAGACGUUCAGACCGUCGCGGGGCAGAGUCUGUUACCGAGGAGAAGUUUACCAUUUUGUUUGAAUCACAGUUCAGUGUUGGGGGAAAUGAGUUGGUCUUUCAGGUUAAGACUCUCUCUUUGCCUGUGGUGGUAAUUGUUCAUGGAAGUCAAGACAACAAUGCCACUGCAACAGUUUUGUGGGAUAAUGCAUUUGCUGAACCGGGACGGGUGCCUUUCAUUGUGCCCGACAAGGUGUUAUGGCCGCAGUUGUGUGAGGCUCUGAAUAUGAAGUACAAGGCCGAGGUGCAAUCAAAUCGAGGUCUGUCUGAGGGGAAUCUUGUCUUUCUCGCUCAGAAAGCCUUCAGCAGCUCCAGCGUCAACCCGGAUGACUACCGCAACAUGACCAUGACCUGGUCACAGUUUAACAGGGAGAGUUUACCAGGCAGGAACUUCACUUUUUGGCAGUGGUUUGAUGGUGUGAUGGAGCUUACUAAAAAACACCUGAAGCCUCACUGGAAUGACGGGGCGAUUCUUGGCUUUGUGAAUAAACAGCAAGCUCAGGACAUGCUGAUGUCCAAACCCAACGGAACCUUCCUGUUGCGCUUCAGUGAUUCAGAAAUUGGUGGCAUCACCAUAGCCUGGGUGGCAGAGAACCCUAACAAAGCAGGAGAAAGGAUGGUGUGGAACCUCAUGCCAUACACAACCAAAGACUUCUCUAUCCGCUCCUUGGCGGAUCGCAUCAGCGACCUGAAUCAUCUCCUGUUCCUCUAUCCUGACCGGCCCAAAGACGAUGUCUUCUCCAAAUACUACACCCCACCACUGUCUAAAGCUGUGGACGGAUACGUAAAACCACAGAUCAAACAAGUAGUUCCAGAGUUUGCUACACCUAACCCUGACCCUGCAGCAAACCCCACCUACAUGGACCACGCCGCAUCUCCAGCUGUCAGUCAGCCUCAUGCCUAUGGACUCUAUCCUCCCAUUGGAGACCCUAUGCUGGACGCUGAUGGCGAUUUCGAUCUGGACGACACCAUGGAUGUAGCGAGGCAUGUAGAGGAACUGCUCCGUCGACCGAUGGAGGGCCAAUGGAGCGGCCAGCAGUCAUGACCUUCUGUGACUCUUCUCCCUUAACAAUGUUUUUUUUUAAAAUACAUCUUUCUCCCUCUACUCUUAGUCUAUUUCCCCCAUUUGUUUCCCAGUGUGGGUCUUUAUGACUUUCAGUUUAGCUUUAUCUCUAUCUCUCUUUUUUCUCUUUUCACCGCACCUCUUUUUCUUUCCCCCAUCCCUUGUUUCUGUAGAAGAGAAAGGAGCUAAUGGAAGAAGAAAAAUACAAUGAGCCUUCCUCUAAUUAAAUACCAUCAAACAGUAUUGUAGGAAAAAGAGAGAGAGAGAGCGAGCGAGAGAGAUGCAUGUUAUCUCUUUCUCUUUGUGCGUGUAUUAGUUUUUGUUUCAAAUUGACUUUUCGCAGAACAAAUCUGUGAAACCCUUAAACCGAAAUCUACUACUGUAAGGAACAUUUU